GUUGAUUACGACGAAAGUGUCACAUUUGUGUCAUUCAAACAAAUUGAUUAAGUGAAUUGCAUAAAUAAUAUUUUUGAUUAUGGAUGCAGAUAGUUCAUCAUCAUCCGAUGAAGAUUUAAGUAGUUCCGAAUGUGAUACAGAUUCAUCAUCCAAUGAAACACAAUCUGAAAAUUAUGAGGAAGCCAAAUUAUUUGGACAGAGAUUUCAACUUCCACAAGGACUCUGUGAAAAUAAAAAUGUAUUUAAAGAAUUAUUUUCACCAAGAUUAUGGAAUAGUUUGUCUGAUGCAAAUCGACAACAUCUUAAAAAGUUCUUACCAAAUUUCCCUGAAAAUGAUAGCGCAGAAAAAAAUAUUACAUUACAAAAAUUGUUUGGGAGUGAAAACAUUGGUUUUUCAAAUCCAUUAGAUGAUUUUCAUAAAAGUCUAAGAGCAGGACAUUAUCGUCCAGAAAUAGCACGAAUGAGAAAUUUAAUGCGACGAGUGCAACGUCGAGAAUCUCGAGCGCAGCAAAGGCGAUAUUUAAAUCAAUUGGUAAAGGAUGUUGUAGCGUCUAGGCAGUGGUUAUUGAAUGUUGCCAAUUCAUUACCACCGGGUGCAAUGGAUACAGCAAGACUAGCACCUCCUCCACCACCUGUAAAACUUGAAACAAUAAUAAACGAUCCCAUACAACGAACGAAACGGAGAUAUUUUCAAGAAUUGGAUGCAAUUCGAACGGAAGUUGGUGAAACAGGUGCAUGGUCUGAAGAUGAAAAUUAUCCAGAAGGCAUUGAUAGUAUACCAUUAUCGUCUAAAAGUAAACAUAGAAGAUUGAAUGUACCAUCUUCAAGCGUGAUCACACCGCCAGAGAGUCCAGGAGCCGAUGAUGUAAAUGUAUCAACAUUAGUUUCCCAUCCUCCAGAUCGAAAUCAACCACAAGAAUCACACAUGAAUGAUGAAAUAUAUAAAGCUUUAUUGCUCAAACAUAAGCUUAAACGAAAUAACCAAACGGAUAAAAUGGAAUUAAAUACGUGGGGCGUUAAUCUAAAGGAUAUUGCCUCAAGAACGUUAUUAUCUACAAACAACAAGAAAACGUUACUAAAUUUACAAAAAUCGAUGUCAAUUCAACAAAAUUCUGAAAAACUAGCCAAUCGUAAAACAACAGUUAAGAAGGAACCUGUACAGCAUAUAACUGUGUCUAAACCUAAUAAUCGAUUUACUCCAAUUAACAAUCACCACGAUACAAAAUACAACCUUGGAAAUCAUUCUAUACCAUCGACGACUACCACCAUUACUUAUAAAGAUCAACAGUCUUUAAUGGGAACGGGUAACAACAGUUCUGGAUCAGAACUUGAUAUGUCUGAUACAGAAUCAUUGAUUGAUCCUGUAAUGAGCCCAAAAACUACCAUAAAAACAUCAACACCAAUGCAAAUGCAAAUACAAAAACAGACAACAACAACAUCAAAUACUUUAUUAUCAUCUGCAUCGAUUGCAAAUACAAUCGAUUCAAAUAUAAGUAACGAUUUAUUAGAUGAUCCGAUGUUAAGUAAAACAAUUAAAACUGAACCAACUCCCUUAACAGCUGCACCAACAUUUAAUAUGAUUACAAGUAUAUCACAAUAUGGGGGAAAAGUACAACCAGCAACUUUAUCCGAUUUAGAGGGUAUUGACAUGUUAAAUCUUCCAGUAGAUUUAGAUGAAUCCAACAUUGGCAUUUUAGAUGAGAUUACACGAAAAACACCAGAAUUAAUGCAAGAAACACAUGCAAGCUUUUUAUCAUUAAUUAGAGACAUUAUUUGUUCUACUCCAGAUCAUAGAAUGAGUUACACCACUCUAGAAAUACGUAUGAAAUCAUGGCAAGAGAAUCCAAUCAGUCCAUUAAAUGAUUGGUAUAAUUUAGUUGAUAAUUGGUUAGAAGUUUUAUCAUGUGCAGUUAGCUUUUUAAACGGAGAUUUUCCAGAACAACCUGACGAUUUUGUACCAUAUUUAGAAUUAAAACCUGCUUUACAAGAAUACCAGUGGAUUGGUGCUGGUAGAGAUAGCGAUAAUCUAUUGACACCUUUAUUUCAAUAUUGGAUUGAACAUCGUGAAGAAAUGACUGCAGAAAAAGCUACUACACAACCAGUUGAAGUCGAACAAAAUGAAUUACCUAAGUCACCUCCACCACCAAGAUGGCCAACCACCUGGACGGUUCGUAAAGCUGAACCAGAUGAAAUUGAUACAUUUCGUGAACAAGAACGCCGUCGUUACGAAAAUCCACAUAAAGCGUUUACAUAUCGAAUGUUUGGUUAUGAAAGUGUUGUCGGUCCGGUUAAAGGAAUCUACAAUCAAACUGCAGGUGUAACAAAACCUCGUGGCCAUUCUAUGUUAAGCUCGGAUCGACCAAAUUUUGUAACAAUUCUUACAUUAGUACGUGAUGCGACUGCUAGAUUACCAAAUGGUGAAGGAACACGCGCCGAAAUUUGUGAAUUAUUAAAAUCGUCUCAAUAUAUUGCUCAAGGUGCAUCGGAUACUGUUCUUCAGUCAGUUGUAAGCGGUGCUUUGGAUCGAAUGCAUACCGAAUAUGAUCCAUGUGUAAAGUAUGAUACCAAACGAAAAAUUUGGAUAUAUUUACAUCGAAAUCGGACUGAAAGUGAGUUUGAAAAGAUUCAUCAACAGCAUCAAGGUAUGAGUAAACAUCAGAAAAAGAAUAAUUCCCGAAAGAGUAAAGCAAAACCAAAAGUUGAAAAAGCAUCUCCACAAAAAGUCCCACAAACUUCUGAUGUUUUAGUUAAUAACGUAAAUACAAGCACGACCGAUCCAUUAACUAUGGCUAAACAAAGAUUUAAAACUCCAACAAAUCGCAAUGCCACUGUUAAUACAUCGACGUCAAUCGUGAAUUCAAUACCAACAGAUCCAAUUAAAUCAACACCAGCUGGAACUUCAUUACUAAUCAAUCAAAAUGCAAAUAAGCAAUCUUUGAUAAAUAAGAAUGUCUUAGAUAAAAUACAAUCUUCGGUUGCUACAAAUAUUAAAGUUCUUAGUCAAACUGUUCUUUCACAAGCAGCUAAUUCACCCCAAACUCUUUUAACAAAUGCUGUAAAUAAAUCUUCAGCUGUUACAACUACCGUGCAAACAUUACAAAGUAUAAUUGCACCACGUGUUAAUAGUCCUGUCUUGAAACCUGUUCAACAAAUUGGUGGAAAAACAGGUGGAAAAAGUAUUGUUAAAAUUGUAAAUAAUCCACAACAAGGAAAAUCAUUAAUCAAUAUGACUGCAGGACAAUUAAUUACAAAUCACCAACCGCCUCAAUUAUUUGUUAAACAACAGGGAGUGGUUACAUCAAGUUCUGGUGGUCAAGUUCAGACUAUUAUACCCUCAAUAAAUAUUAAAUCAAAUCAAGCGGAUGCUAAUUUAUUAGCGCAAAUAUCUCAACAGACACAAAAACAAGCAACAAUAAUUGCUUCACAUCCGAAUACACAAAUUUUACAAACAAUUGUUCAACAACCAAGACAGACGUUGGCAACACGACAAAUUAUACAAGGUAUUUCUAAUCAACAACAAAUUGUUGGUCAGAAAACACAAUCUGCUACAUUGUUAACACAAGGCUCAUUGCCUCAACAAAUUAUUCAAGUUGCUCCAGGGCAAAAAAUUGGACAGACUGCAACUCUAGUUCAAACGAAACAAGGUGGUAAAACUGUGCUUACAUCAGCUCAACAAUUAAUACAAAAUAUCAAACAACAAACAAAAACUGCAGGCAUUCAACAGCAAACCACAAUUUCAAAUAAUCCUCAAGCAAUUUUGAAACAACAAGUUGCAUUGCAACAGUUUCAAAAACAGUUACAACAACAAACGUCAUCUACAACUGUUAAAAGUGGGACAUCGUUGCUUGAUCAAAGCAAUCAAAGAGUACAAACUAAUAAAACUGGUAUAACAAAUACACAAGCGCCACUUGUAGCAAAAGUAUUAACAAAUGCAUCGGGGCAAGUCAUUUCAGUUGAAAGUUUACUUGCACACCAAAAACAACAUGGCAGUUUACCUCAAGGUACAACAUUAAGAGUUGCUGGAGGAAAAUUAGGACAAGCAAAUUUAAUUCAAUUGUCUGGAGCAGUACCAAAUCAAGUGACUCAAUUUGCAGUAGUAUCGCAAGGUAACCUUGUAUCAUUAACAGGUCAACCUCGUUUGAUUGCUUCUGUUGCUCAACAAACAUCUCAAUCGACAAGCACGGUGAAUACACCACAAAUAUUAGUGGCCACACCAUCAAAAUCACUACCUGUUAAAAAUGUUCGACAAGCUACGGUUCAACAAUCAAAUGUAGCUAAAUUAACGGUACCUAAUAAAGUAACGCAUCAACUAAUUAAUGCAAAAUUUAUAACUGCUCAAAAUUUAACUCCAAAACUAACUACAACAAGUCAAGCAAGUCAAAUCAAACAUGUAAAUCAAACUCCAAAAGUUGUAUCUGCAGCAACAUUGGGUAAACAAAUCAGUAAAAGUGGAACAGUUGUUAGUACGAGUCAACCUACUGCGAUUCGAAUGGUAAAUCCGACUGGUGGCGGUCUUAAUUUUACUCAUAUAGCUGGUAAACCCAUACUUUUAGCAAGUAAAGGAAAUACGAUUGGAGGACAAAAUAUUAUAUUGCGGCAAGGUGUUGCACAAGGGACAACUGGAUCCAGUUUUGUAAUAUCAAAUUCAUCACGAACAAUGGGACAAUCGACUACAGCAACAUUGACCAAUCAAAAUAAUCAAAUUGUUUUGGGUACACCUUUAAAAAUACAAAAUGUUAAUGAUGGUAGUUUGUUGACAGACAGCUCACAGAAUAAAAGUGUAGAUGCUGGUGGGGGACAACAAACUGUUUUACUUAGUACACAAUCGUCAACGCAAGAUGGUAACACAACAAGUUUACCAACACAACGUGUUGUUUUAGCUAGCCAAGGACAAGGUGGUCAACUUGUGGCACAACAAAUAUUAUUGCCACAAGGUUUUCAAGGCGGCACAAUUAAUAUUAAAACACUUCAAGGCUUAAAAGUUAUUCCUUUAGCAGCUCAACAAGGGAAAGGUUUAACAGCCGGUAGACAACAAUUAUUUACACGGAUUGUAAAUCCAGUGAGUGUAACAACUGCAGCAGUUAGUGAAUCAUCUCAAUCAAGCUCAAGUAAUACAGGUACUGUAAAAGUGACAACACAUACGACAGAACGAUAAAAAUAAACAUACCUAACGAUAAAGAUAAA